AAUUGAGUUGAUGUUUGUUACAUUGGUUUCAUCUCACUUUUGCUUAUUGUUUUUGUCACUUGCCUAUGGCAAUGUAAACCUAUGCUUCCCAUGCCAAUAAAGCACCUUUGAAUUGAGAGAGGUUCAAUGGAAGUCCAGCAGAGAAAGAGACGGUCGGGGGCAGAGAGGAGGAGACACGUGAUGUUGAGUGUGUGUUUAAGUGCACAGUUUCAACCGUUGAGGAUCAGAAGGGAAGUCACGUGCGCAAUGAGGGGGAAGAAGAGAGCGCGUGUGUGUCUAAUAGGUUAUUAUGUGAGAAGAGAAUGGGAGAGUUGGGAGAGUUGGAGCUGGAGCUCCUCCAGGGAAACCAGGAGAAACAUAUCUCUCUGUUAAAGAACUUUGUGGCGGGAGGAGCGGGAGGAGCUUGCCUUCUGUUCGUGGGACACCCGCUCGACACAAUCAAGGUGCGGCUACAGACCCAGCCCAGAGUGCCCAGCCAGGAUGUCCUCUACAAAGGUGCUUAUGACUGCUUCCUAAAGACUGUCUCCAAAGAGGGACUUCUUGGGCUGUACAAGGGGAUGGGGGCCCCCCUAGCCAGCGUAGCUCCUAUGAUGGCCAUUAGUUUCUUUGGGUUCGGACUGGGAAAACAGCUGUUGCAACCAGACUCCACUAAGACACUGAUGCCUACCCAACUGUUUCUCUCAGGCUGUCUAGCAGGUGUUUUCACUACAGUGAUAGUGUGUCCUGGAGAAAGGGUCAAGUGUUUACUACAGGUGCAGGCCAGCGGGGGCCAGCAGGCAGUACGGUAUGCAGGUCCUCUGGACUGUGCUCUCAAGUUGUAUAAAACACAAGGCAUCCGCUCCAUCUACAAAGGAACAACACUCACACUCAUCAGAGACGUGCCUUCUAAUGGUGCCUACUUCAUGGCUUAUGACUUCCUGAAACACAAAAUGACAGCUGAGGGUGAAAGUGUGUCCCAGCUCAGCACUCCAAAGAUCCUCCUUUGCGGUGGCAUAGCGGGCAUCUGUAACUGGAUUGUGGGACUUCCACCCGACGUACUCAAGACCAACUUCCAGACAGCUCCAGACGGGCGGUACAGGGGAACAGGUCUGGUAGAUGUACUGAGGGAGCUACUUCGUGACGAGGGGCCCAGAGCACUCUAUAAAGGAUCCAACGCCGUGUUCCUCAGAGCCUUCCCUGCCAACGCGGCCUGUUUUCUAGGGUAUGAAUUGGCGUUAGAGUGUCUAAAUUGGCUGGCUCCCACCUGGUGAAGUCUCCUGCUAUGACCUGUCAUUAAGAGGUUGUAACCUGCAUUGACCUGUUGCUGUCUUCAGACUGGACUCUUCUCUUGAUCUCAGUUUCAUGCUUCCCAAAUGGCACACUAUUCCCUAUAUAGUGCACUACUUUUGCCUAGGGCCUGUAGGUAAUAGGGCUCUGGUCAGUUUUGCACUAUAUAGGGAAAGUAGUGCACUAUAUAGGGAAUAGGGUGAUGGUUUUUGUUGUUGUAUUUAACCUUUAUUUAACUAGUCAUGGUUUUUCAUGACAACAACAAUGUUAAUUAUUGUCCUCCUUGUUGUUAAUGUGGUUCUAAAAAAUAUAUUCACUGAUGUUUCAGUUUGACAUCUUGUCCUGUUUCAGUUUGUCAUCUUGUCCUGUUUCAGUUUGACAUCUUGUCCUGUUUCAGUUUGUCAUCUUGUCCUGUUUCAGUUUGUCAUCUUGUCCUGUUUCAGUUUGACAUCUUGUCCUGUUUCAGUUUGACAUCUUGUCCUGUUUCAGUUUGUCAUCUUGUCCUGUUUCAGUUUGUCAUCUUGUCCUGUUUCAGUUUGUCAUCUUGUCCUGUUUCAGUUUGUCAUCUUGUCCUGUUUCAGUUUGUCAUCUUGUCCUGUUUCAGUUUGUCAUCUUGUCCUGUUUCAGUUUGACAUCUUGUCCUGUUUCAGUUUGACAUCUUGUCCUGUUUCAGUCUGACAUCUUGUCCUGUUUCAGUUUGACAUCUUGUCCUGUUUCAGUCUGACAUCUUGUCCUGUUUCAGUCUGACAUCUUGUCCUGUUUCAGUUUGACAUCUUGUCCUGUUUCAGUCUGACAUCUUGUCCUGUUUCAGUCUGACAUCUUGUCCUGUUUCAGUUUGACAUCUUGUCCUGUUUCAGUCUGACAUCUUGUCCUGUUUCAGUUUGACAUCUUGUCCUGUUUCAGUUUGUCAUCUUGUCCUAUUUCAGUUUGUCAUCUUGUCCUGUUUCAGUUUGUCAUCUCGUCCUGUUUCAGUUUGACGUCUUGUCCUGUUUCAGUUUGACGUCUUGUCCUGUGAUUCACGUCUU